AUGACCGGCGGUCAAGGAAUCCACCCGCCUAGUGUCAAUGAAUCGCCCUCCUCACUCCCCUUGCAGCUCUCACAACCCUCAAACCCCGCACAACCCGUGCAGCCCGCACAACCCUUGCUGCCCAUGCCUUGCAUUGACGAGUCCCCCUUCUCACAGCCCUCUGACCAGCCCUCCUCACAGCCCUCUGACCAGCCCUCCUCACAGCCCUCUGACCAGCCCUCUCUGCGACAACAAGACAUGCCCGUCUCUCCCUCUCAGUCCAACACCCGCUCUUACGAGGUCAGCCCCCGUCAUCCCAGCCCCCCUUAUCCCGCUCUCCCUCAACCCACGCCCCCUCGCUCCACCCCCCCUACCUCUCCCAACCCCCCUCACUCCAACCCCACCUUCCCCAACCCCCCUCACUCCAACCCCCCUCAUGCCAACCCCACCAACCCCCCUCACGCCAACCCACCCCGCCCCAACCCGCCUCGCAUCGGCUCCCCCCGUCGCCUGGCGUGUGACAGCCCAACCCCCUGGCCCUCCACCAAGCGCUACUUUGGAGUGACCUGGUACCGCAACGCGUGGCAGGUGUUUCUCACAGCCACCAAGGCGGAGCAGCAGCGGUAUGGCGUGAGCACGCAGUGGUACUGCGGCCGCUGGCCUAAGAAUCAGGUGGAGGACGCUGCUGCAGCAGCAGAAGCAGCGUAUUUUGUGCUUAAAGGGGGAGGAGCGGGGGAAGGAGCAGGAGAGGGAGGGGGGGCGGCAGGGGGAGGAGGAGGGGGAGGAGGGGGAGCAGGAACCAGGGGGAAGAGCGGGGUCGAUCGCGUAUAUGACUUUCUUUCAGGAAGGGAUAAAGAGCGGUUGAUAGAGAUGGGGAAAGCGAAAGCAGCAGAGCUGAUCAAGAAGAAGCGGUGGGUGAUAUGGCAGCAGUGGCGUCCCUGGUGGGGCGAGGAGCAGGAGUUGCAUGCAACUGCCACUGCCGCCGCAGGAUUAUCCCUAGGCUCAGCUUCCAAGUCUGUCCGCGAGGCAAAUGCGGCUGGCAUCCCUGUUAAAGCCCUCGCUCUUGCCUCCCGGUUCCGUGUUUCUUCACCUUCCCGCGUUUCUCGGGCUGCUUCCCACCGGGCUCCUCGGGCAGGCGACCGGGACGUCGAAUGUGUUUCGCCCUCCCACUUGCUCGCUCUCUGCACCCCGUUCGCCACAGCAAAUAACGAGGAGGCUGCAGAACUGCUUGCUCUCUUGAAUCCUCCCCCUCGCUCCAGGCGUCGUCGCGGUCGCCCCACCACUCGCAACACUCCCCGCGCUCGCAACACUUGUCGCGCUCGCUCCACUCCUCUCGCGCCCUCUGCUCCUGCCAUGCCUGAACCCGCUCAGAGGACUGUGCCAGCUGCUCCUGGUCCCACUGGUUUUCAAUCGCAUGAGCAGCAGCAGCGGGAACCGCAGGGUGGUGAGGAGGAACGACAGCAGCAGCAGCAGCAGCAGCAGCAGCAGCAGCAGCAGCAGCAGCAGCAGCAGCAGCAGCAGCAGCAGCAGCAGCAGCAGCAGCAGCAGCAGCAGCAGCAGCAGCAGCAGCAGCAGCAGCAGCAGGAGUAUUGCGUCCCGCAGAAGUAUUUCGGCGUGUCGUUCCGCUACAACAAGUGGGAGAUCCGUCUGCACAUCUCAGCCGCACUCAAGCAGCGGUACGGGCUGGGAGAACAGCUCUACUGCGCGCGGUGGGACAGGGAGGAAGGAGAGGAGGCGGCAGCGGCAGCGGAGGCGAUUCAUUUCGUGCUGGGGAGAAGGAGGAAGAAAGCGUAUGAGUAUAUCACGGAGGAGGAGAGAGAGCGGUUGAGAGAGAUGGGGAUGGAUCGGGCGAUGAGGCUGAUCAUGCAGGGCAAGUGGAAGACAUGGCGGGAGUGGCGGCCGGGGCAGGAGGGGGAGGAGAUGGGAGAGGAGGGGAGAGAGGAGGGAGGGGGAGGAGGAGAGGAGGUGGCUGGUGAGGGGAGGGAGGUGGGAGAGAUUGGGGGGAUGACGAGAGGGGUGACAGCGGGAGUGAAUGGGGGAGGGAUGGGUGAAGUGGGAGGAGCAGUGGGCCAUGGCCCGACAGGUGCAGCCUUCGCUGGCUCCAUGUUGGGCGCUGCUGCCCUGCUCGCCGCUGCCAAUUGGUGGGCGCCAGAAGGGGCAGUAGAGGAGGAGGGAGAGAGCGAAGGUGAGGAGUGGGAGGAGGAGGACGACAACUAUGGGGAGGAGGAGGAUGACGACUAUGGGGAGGAGGAGGAUGACGACUAUGGGGAGGAGGAGGAUGACGACGAUGGGAAGGAGGAGGAGGAUGACGACUAUGGGGAGGAGGAGGAUGACGACUAUGGGGACGAGGAGGAUGACGACUAUGGGGACGAGGAGGAUGACGACUAUGGGGAGGAGGAGGAUGACGACUAUGGGGAGGAGGAGGAUGACGACAAUGGGGAGGAGGAGGAUGACGACUAUGGGGAGGAGGAGGAUGACGACUAUGGGGAGGAGGAUGGCGGCAAUGAUGGUAGUGAUAGCGACAAUGACAACGAUGAUGAGGAGGAAGAUGGUGACGAUGGCAGUGAAAAUGACGAUGGGGACGACGACGACGGGGACGGGUGGAAGAGGCAGUUGAUCUUGGGUGGAGCGGAGGAGCGGAGGAGGUGGUGCCAUGGGCCCAUCCGUGUUACCAACAGCCAGGGCAGUAUAAGUACCACUGCGCUUUGCGCUGCUGUCUUACUUGCCAAUACGAUGCCAGACGGGGCAGUAGAGGAGGAGGGAGAGAGCGAAGAUGAGGAGUGGGAGGAUGAUGAAGUCGACGAUGACUACGAUAAUGAUGAUGGCAACAGUGUUGGUGGCGACUGGUGGGAGAGGCAUUGGAGGUUGGGGGCAGUGGAGGAGGGAGAGAGUGAAGAUGAGGAGUGGGAGGACGGUGACGACAACGACGACAGCGAUGGCAACAGUGCUGAUGGUGAUGGGUGGCAGAGGCAUUUGAGGUUGGGGGCAGCGGAUGAGUUGGGGAGGUGGGGCAUGCCUCGCUGGCAAGACGAGGAGGAUGAGCAGGAGGAGGAAGAGUAUGAGGUUGACGAUGUGGGGAAUGAGGAGGACGAUGGGGAGGAUGAGGAGGAUCGAAGGAGGCGGGUGAGGGAGAAUUGGAAAGGUAUGCGCCUCGUGAGGAUGAUGGGGAGGUGUGGGAUGCGUGGCAGGAGGAGUGGGAGGAGAGGAGAGAGAGGGGAAGGGGAGGUUUCGGAGGUAGGAGAAGGUGGUAGGAGGAGCAGCAGGGGGCGGUGA